CCUCUCUGAAACUAAAAAUUAGGGUUUCCUCAACAAAAUCCUUCGUCCUUCUUCGCUGGGGUUUCCCUCCAAUUCUUCAAAUUUUCGGGCUCGGUUUCCAGCUAUAUUGAAUUCGAAAUGUUGCCUUGGAAGCUUGCUUUAUUAGAUACCAUAAAAUGUCAAGGACAAGGGAAGAGAGUGAAGAGCAGGUGGACCUUGAUGGAGACAAUGAACCUGAGGAGACUAUAGAGGAAGAGGUUGAAUAUGAAGAAAUAGAGGAAGAGGAGGAAGUGGAAGUUGAGGAAGAGAUAGAAGAGGAGGUGGAAGAAGAGGAGGAGAAUGCUGAGCUUGCUGAUGUGCAAAAGGGUUCUGAUGGUGAUGAGGAGAUUAAUGAUUCUGAGACACAGGAAGAAAAGAAAAAGAAGCAUGCAGAGCUUCUUGCACUUCCUCCUCAUGGAUCAGAGGUCUACCUUGGUAGCAUUCCUCAUGAUGCUUCCGAAGAGGAUUUGAGGAGAUUUUGUGAAUCUAUAGGAGAAGUCACCGAGGUGAGGAUAAUGAAGGGGAAAGAUUCAGGGGAGGCCAAAGGUUAUGCUUUUGUGACCUUCAGAUCCAAAGAGUUGGCUUCCAAAGCUAUUGAAAAACUUAAUAAUUCCGAAUUAAAGGGGAAGAAGAUAAAAUGUUCAACAUCUCAAGCAAAGAAUAAGUUGUUCAUUGGUAAUGUUCCCAGAAACUGGGGGGAGGAAGAUAUGAAAAGGGUUGUAACUGAGAUUGGGCCUGGAGUUAGUUGUAUUGAAAUGGUGAAGGAUCCAAUGAACCCCAGCCGAAACCGUGGAUAUGUUUUCAUUGAGUACUAUAAUCAUGCAUGUGCUGAAUACUCAAGACAGAAAAUGUCGAAACCAACAUUUCAGCUUGACAAUAAUGCUCCAACCGUGAGCUGGGCUGACCCAAGAAAUGCAGAAUCUUCUGCUUCUACUCAGAUUAAGGCAUUGUAUGUCAAGAAUUUACCGAAAGAUAUAACUCAGGAUCGCCUAAAGAAGCUGUUUGAACAUCAUGGAAAGAUCACAAAAGUUGUAGUUCCACCUGCAAAAGCAGGAAAGGAGGAGAGCAGAUAUGGUUUUGUGCAUUUUGCAGAGAGGUCAAGUGCUAUGAAAGCAUUGAAGAACACUGAAAAAUAUGAGAUUGAUGGUCGAGUAUUGGAGUGUUCUCUUGCAAAACCACAAGCAGAUCAGAAGUCUUAUGGAGGAUCUGGCUCACAGAAGUCAACCUUAAAUUCAAGCUUGAUACCUCCUCUAGGAUAUGGUCUAAUUGGGGGAGCAUAUGGUGGUCUUGGAACAGGAUUUGGUCCUGCAGGCUUUGGACAGCCACUGAUCUAUGGUCGUGGUCCAACUCCUGCUGGAAUGGCGAUGAUGCCAAUGCUUUUGCCUGAUGGAAGGAUUGGAUAUGUCCUGCAACAGCCUGAAAUGCAACCACACACCCCUCCACCGCAGCCCCAUAGCAGCAGGGGUGGUGGCAGUGGUGGUAGCUCAAGUGGUGGAAGGCGCGGCAGCAGUGACCGCAGUCGAGGACGCAGUCGGUAUAAUCCAUAUUAAUUUAGUUUCCAAUUCCAUGUCUUCUGUAACCUGAGGCUAUAAGAGGAAAGAAAGGAAUCUGCUUUGAGUUAUAUUUGACGCUAAGACAAGCCAGUAGUUUUUGUUUACUCAAUUGAUGGCAAGUUGUUUGUAGCUGUCGAAAAACUUACUGAUAUUUCUUUGGUGCUAAUUCCAACGGCUAACUCAAAUUGCCCGUUUCAUUUGUAUUAAACGGUAUUUUUUUUUU